ACGGUCCCUCUCCCCUUAGGCCCUCUCAUUGGAGCUGAUCGCGAGCUUGUGGGCGGGAAGUGCGGGAGCAGGAUGAAGCUCGGGCCCUCUGAUUGGAGGAGAUUGGGGCUUUUGUCCGCCUUUUACGGCCGCGACUGACAGGGGGCGCCUGGAGCACUGAUUUUUUUUUUUUUUUUUUUUUUUUUUAGCGCUCGAGAGGAGCGCGCGUUGGCGGAGCCGCGGUGAACACUGCUCGUGCCCGCGCCUGGCCGUCUGCCCGGAGCAACGCUGGGCGGUGCUCGUGCCCGCCUGCCCGCCGCCUGCGGCUCGCGCCCGGGAGCGCCGCGGGUCCCAGGAGCCGGCCGCAUCCUUUGUGCGGCUCUCGGUUUGCGCCGCGGUGCUGCUGGACGGAAUGUGGGUUCUGCGAGGGCUUUUCUCUUCUGCCCAAGCUCUUGAAACGAUGGAGUGAGUGGGGCGAGCGGGGAAGCGAGCUGCCUGAGGGAAUCAUGACUUCUGCCGCGGAAAUUAAGAAGCCACCAGUGGCCCCCAAACCAAAGUUUAUGGUGGCAAAUAAUAAGCCAGCUCCACCUCCUGUGGCACCUAAACCUGAUAUUGUGAUUUCCAGUGUUACACAGUCAGCAAAGAAAACCAAACCGGCAAUAGCUCCGAAACCAAAAGUUGUGAAGGCCUCACCUGUUCAAGACACCAGGCAGUCACCCUCGAGGAAAAUCAUCCUGAACCUGGAAGAGCAUAAGCCGGAAUCACCUGACAGCUCUGACAACUCUAACUGCAAAAACGCAGGGCAUCAGAGCAGUGAUUGUAUUUUACCAGUGUGUUCCCGCCGUUCUGAGUGUAACCAUAAGCUUGGGAAUAGAGAGAAUUUGUAUGUCAAGCAGCUUGUCCUAGGGCCCCUGGAAAUACAUGAAAAUUUAGAAAAUAACAAAAUUGGCAAGUCCUCUUCAGCUGUAAAAAUUCAGAGUAAAUGUGAUUCUAAUGGUGAAAAGGUCAAGAACCAGAGUGAAGUAGUUUUAAAGGCAAGUAUCCUGGAAGAGAAGCUCAAAGAUGUUUUAACACAACAAACAUCACCUUCUAUUUUCCCACAGAAACACAGAUCAACAGACAACCCAGAAAGGAAUGAUGACUGUAAUUCCAAAAGACAAUUCAGAAUUGAAUUUGCAGAUUUGUCAUCCUCCCUGUCCAGCUUUGGAAAAGUUCCUGAUCAUCACCAUUGCUACCUACAGCUUCCUAGUGAUGAAUUUCAAAGUUUUGAAACUAGUCGGGAUGACAGUGAAAAAUGCCAUACUUGCUUUCAUUCAUCGGAACAAGAAGCUCUAGACAGUGGUAAAAGAAGUGCUUUUUUAUCUUCAGAUGGAGAUAGUAAGAAAUCAGCAGUCAAAGACUUUGGUCCCUUAGAAAUUCACUUAGUGCCGUAUACUUCCAAAUUUCCAACUCCCAAGCCCAGAAAGACACGAGCUGCACGUCUGUUGCGCCAGAGGCAUAUAGAUACUCCUAGUGAGGCUACCGAAGAACCGGAGAAUGGAGACGGUAGCUCUUGUCUUUUCGAAGAUAGUUUGAAAAAUAAUGAAAUUAGUGUUUGUCAUCAGAAUAUCUUAUGUAACCAGGAACAGACAGACAAAGUGAGGCCAGGAAAUGAAAGUGAAUUGAAUGUGGACUCCAUCGGGGACAGACACAACUUAGUCAAUUCACAGAAAGCCUUGUGUCCUGAAACAUCUUCCUUUGAAAAAAUGGCACCUCCUUUAGAGACAGACUCUGAUUUGAGUUCUGACAAGACAGUAGAUGGUUCUCGUAUGUCACUUGCUGUGGACGAAGGAAACAAUUUCAUAAGAUGCAGCACUCUAUCUAUGAGCUUGCCUAAGCAGCUCAAAUUAACUUGCAGUGAACAUAUGCCUACUGCCUGUAACCAGGGAGUGUCUGCCCCUCAAAUGCAAAAGGAGUCUAUGAUAAAAGGCGAAAGUUCCUCAAAAACUGUCCCCAAAAAACCUCAGAGACACAGUUUGCCUGCUGCAGGAGUGCUUAAGAAGGCUGCCUCAGAGGAGCUUGUGGAGAAAAGUUCUUAUCCCUCAAAUGAAGAAAAACAUUCAGAGAAGGGUCUAGAAAGAAAUCACCUUCAACAUUUAUGUGCCCCAAACCAUGGUGUAUCACCGUCUUUUGAUGUGCCUAAACGGACUUCAGAGAAGCCAGUGUGGAAGUUACCUCAUCCCAUUAUACCCUUCUCAGGGAACCCAGAGUCCUUAAAGUCUGUCAGCAUAUCCUCAAACAGUGAGCCUUCCACUGCCCUCACCAAGCCUAGAGCAAAAUCGUUAUCUGCUGUGGAUAUGGAAAGGUGCACGAAGCCUUGCAAAGACUCUCAAAAGAAAAGCUCUUUAAAGAAGUUGCUCAACAUGAAGCUGUCCAUCUGUUUCAUGAAGAGUGACUUCCAGAAAUUUUGGUCCAAGAGUAGCCAACUCGGAGACACAACCUCAGGCACCCUCUCGAGUGGGGAGCGAAAAGGGACUGAAAGUGAUUGGCAUGGCUUGUUGGUAGGAGAAGAGAAGAGAAAUAAACCCAUCAAGGCAUACUCCGCAGACAACUAUAGCCUGGAAUCCCAAAAGAAGAGGAAAAAGUCUCGGGGCCAGACCAGUGCAGCUAAUGGACCAAGAGCUGAGUCUUUGGAUGACCAGAUGCUCUCCAGAGAGUCAUCAUCUCAGGCCCCUUGCAAAUCUGUUACAAGUGGCUGUGCACCUGAAUAUGAAAAUAUACGCCAUUAUGAGGAAAUACCAGAGUAUGAAAACUUGCCAUUUAUUAUGGCUGUAGGGAAAACGUCAGAGAAUUCCAGCAGUGUGGAGGACACUGAUGCAAAUGUGUAUGAGGUAGAAGAGCCAUAUGAAGCUCCAGAUAGCCAGCUGCAACUUGGACCCAGGCAUCAACAUUCCAGCAGUACUGGAGCAUCCCAGGAGGGACCCAAUGACCUGGACCUUGGUCUUGGUGACCUUCCUUCAGAUGAGGAGGAAGUCAUCAACAGUUCUGAUGAAGAUGAUGUCAGCUCUGGUUCUAGUAAAGGGGAGCCUGACCUGCUGGAAGAUAAACAGGAUGAAGAUACUGGAAUGAAAAGUAAAGUCCAUCAUAUUGCCAAGGAGAUCAUGAGCUCAGAGAAAGUGUUUGUGGAUGUGUUAAAGCUUCUGCAUAUUGAUUUCCGGGAUGCAGUAGCACAUGCUUCCAGGCAACUUGGGAAACCAGUGAUUGAGGACCGGAUCCUAAAUCAAAUCCUGUACUACUUGCCUCAGCUGUAUGAGCUCAAUCGGGAUCUCCUGAAGGAACUGGAGGAAAGAAUGUUAAACUGGACUGAACAACAAAGAAUUGCUGAUAUCUUUGUAAAGAAGGGACCGUAUCUAAAAAUGUAUUCCACAUACAUCAAAGAAUUUGAUAAGAAUAUAGCUUUGCUGGAUGAGCAGUGCAAGAAAAACCCAGGUUUUUCUGCUGUUGUUAGAGAAUUUGAGAUGAGCCCCCGCUGUGCUAACCUGGCCCUCAAGCACUACCUGCUCAAACCGGUUCAGAGGAUCCCCCAGUACAGGCUGCUGCUAACAGAUUAUUUGAAAAAUCUCUUAGAAGACUCUGGAGAUUACAGAGACACUCAAGAUGCCCUUGCUGUGGUUAUAGAGGUAGCCAACCACGCCAAUGACACCAUGAAGCAAGGAGACAACUUUCAGAAACUUAUGCAAAUUCAGUACAGCUUAAAUGGACACCAUGAAAUAGUUCAGCCUGGACGGGUUUUUCUCAAAGAGGGAACUCUGAUGAAACUAUCUCGGAAAGUCAUGCAGCCCCGGAUGUUUUUCCUGUUUAAUGAUGCCCUGUUGUAUACAACACCAGUACAGUCUGGGAUGUAUAAACUGAACAACAUGCUCUCAUUGGCUGGAAUGAAGGUUGGAAAACCCACCCAAGAAGCAUAUCAGAAUGAACUGAAGAUUGAAAGUGUAGAACGUUCCUUCAUCCUCUCAGCCAGUUCUGCCCCAGAAAGGGAUGAAUGGCUAGAAGCGAUUUCCAGGUCAAUAGGAGAGUAUGCCAAGAAAAGAAUCACAUUCUGCCCUAGUAGGAGUCUCGAUGAGGCAGACUCAGAAAAUAAAGACGAAGUUAGUCCUCUUGGGUCCAAGGCUCCCAUCUGGAUUCCUGAUACUAGAGCCACAAUGUGUAUGAUCUGCACAAGUGAAUUCACUCUGACCUGGAGACGACACCACUGCCGGGCCUGCGGAAAGAUUGUAUGUCAAGCUUGCUCAUCAAAUAAGUAUGGCUUAGAUUACCUGAAAAAUCAACCAGCAAGAGUAUGUGAACAUUGUUUCCAAGAACUGCAGAAAUUAGACCACCAGCACUCUCCUAAGACUGGAUCUCCCGGAAAUCACAAAUCUCCUUCAAGUGCCUUAUCAUCAGUCUUACAUAGUAUUCCAUCAGGGAGGAAACAGAAAAAAAUCCCAGCUGCUCUCAAAGAAGUAUCAGCAAACACAGAAGAUUCUUCUAUGAGUGGCUACUUGUACAGAUCAAAGGGCAAUAAAAAACCCUGGAAACACUUGUGGUUUGUCAUAAAAAAUAAAGUGCUAUAUACAUAUGCUGCAAGUGAGGACGUGGCAGCAUUGGAGAGUCAACCUUUACUAGGAUUCACUGUCACUCAAGUCAAAGAUGAGAAUUCAGAGUCUAGAGUGUUUCAGCUACUGCACAAAAACAUGUUAUUUUACGUAUUCAAAGCAGAUGAUGCUCACUCAGCUCAAAAGUGGAUAGAAGCAUUUCAAGAAGGCACAAUAUUGUAGCUAUAUUGGUCUCAUCUCUUGUAUGAUUCCAGAAGGGUGAAAUUUCAUCAGAAUAGAGUAAAUGCAGUGCAAAAGUUUUAUAAAUGAACAGUGCCAAGAUAAAUCCAACCAAAAUCUUCAUCAAAGAAAUUAUUUUGUUAGGUAUAAGGUAUUUUUUUAAAUGUCUGUUUUUCAUAUAUGUUAUUUAUUAAACUUUUGAUGUUUACUUAAAUGGUCAGAAUUAUUUCUGAGAGUGACACUGAAUUCUAAAGUACCUUUACUUUAGAAAACAGAAAACUUAUCUUAAUACUGUAUACUGUAUUAACUAUUUGUGACACAGUCUGUUCUGUUUUCUCAGUGUGUUUUACAGUGUUAAAUUGUAAUAUUCUCACUAGUGGUAAAUAUAAAACACACAUCAAGGAGCAAACUUCCAUGCAGUGUUUGGUUUAGAAAUUAUGAUUAUAAAACUGCUGAUAAAAAAUGCAUGUCUUUGAAUCAGUCAAUUUAGAUGAAGUUUUGUAUCUUUUA